ACUAACGCGGACAUUCUUCUUGCUGCUUCCCUUGCUCACUUCUUCUUCUUGUUCUAAAUCCACGUAUCCUUCGCCUCCUCCCAGCAUUGAUCGCGGAUCAUCGGAGAAAAGAAAGUUCAUACUCAUAGCAAUGUCCGGUCCACAGUGCUGCGACAACCCUCCGACCCUCAAUCCAAGCAGCGGAGAUGGAUUCAUGGAGCAACUGGGUGGCCUCAAUGCCUACGUCAUCGGCUCUCAGGACUCCAAGCUCGCGAUCCUUCUCAUCUCCGACAUCUUCGGGUAUGAAGCUCCGAAUUUUAGGAAACUUGCAGACAAAGUUGCGGCUGCUGGUUUCUAUGUGGCUGUUCCUGACUAUUUCAACGGAGAUCCCUUUUCACCUGAGAAUCCUGAGAGGCCUUUCACGGUUUGGCUAAAAGAUCAUGGAACUGAUAAGGGAUUUGAAGCUACAAAACCAAUUAUUCAAGCUCUGAAAAGUAAAGGCAUAUCUAAGAUAGGGGCAGCGGGCUUCUGCUGGGGCUCUAAGGUUGCGGUUGAGUUGGCUAAGUGUGAGCUCAUCCAAGCUGCCGUGCUAUUACACCCUGUAUUUGUCACUCUUGAUGAUAUCAAAGAGGUUAAGGUUCCUAUUGCUGUGCUGGGAGCUGAGAUUGAUCGUUUUUCUCCACCUGAACUCCUCAAACAGUUUGAAGAGGUGCUUGCUGCUAAGUCCGAGGUGGACGGAUUCGUGAAGAUCUAUCCUAAAACUUCUCAUGGAUGGACGAUAAGAUACAAGGUCGAAGACGAAGCUGCUGCAAUGGAGGCACAUUCAGACAUGAUACAAUGGUUUGUGAAGUUUGUCAAAAGAUAGCCGGCAACGAGAAGUCCACAGGGGCGUCGAGAAAGCUUGUCGGUUCUGGAAUGGAUGGACAGGUAUCGACGGGGCUGUCAGCGUGGGGCAAGAUUUGCUGGGCGUUGGAUUGUGGCUGCCCGAGUUCCUGGUGAUGACGGUGUAUUACCUGAAGGAGCUAGUGAACAUCGAGCGGCUGCUUUGAUGCUCGCA